CCAUUUCCGACGUUUUCCUUUCUCUCCACGCCUUUCAAACCCGGAAUGACCCACUCGCCCCAUUUCCGUCUUUGUCCUUCUUCUCACAUCAGUUUCUGUACAACAACACCAGCCACCAUCGGGGCUUAUAUUAUGAGUGCGAUCAUUCGGUUCUUUCGGUUUUCAAUUCAGUUCCAUCAGUUUUCUUUAUCAGUCAUGAACACAGAGUUCAUUCGACCACCAUUAUCCAACAUCCAUUAUCCAACAUCCAUUAUCCAACAUCCAUUAUCCAACAUCCAAUACCCAACAUCCAGCGUCCAAAAGUCUACAGUCUACAGUCCAAGGAGUUAUCUGAUUUUUGUUUUGCGUUCUCUUUUUUUUCCCUACCUGAUAUUUGCGUUUCCGGACUGGACUGGACUAUAAAUGGACUGGACUGCGAGACGAGACUGAC